AAAUACAAAGCCAAAGAGGCUCUCACUCACACUCCCACCAUCCUUAGCCACUAUUUGCAUUGUCAUCCAGAACUCAAGACUACUCUUUUUUUUCCCCUGAAUUGAGCAAUGGAAUCGGCAUCACCACUAUGGCAUGUCUCAAUGAAUUCAACAUUAUUUGGUACCAUUGAUGAUGAACCAAAGGAUUAUUCCCUAAUAACCCUUUUAUUCCCUAAGCAAUAUUCUUACAUGCCCCUAUCAUUGGUACUCUUGUUCACAUGCAUUGUCACACAUUUUCUUUAUUCCAAAAACACAAAAAAACCAAAGCUUCCACUUCCACCAGGACCUUCCCUCUUUACCAUGUUAGCAAACCUUUUUGAAUUUAUUAGGAAGCCACAACAAACAUUGGCCAAGAUUGCUAAGAUUUAUGCCCCGGACAUAAUGCUUCUGAGGCUUGGCCAAUCCACCACUGUCAUAAUAUCUUCACCAAACAUUGCCAAAGAAGUUCUCCAAACCAAGGAUUUGUUGUUCUCGGAUCGAACGGUUCCGAGUAUUGUAACUUCCCUUGAUCACCACAACUAUAGCUUGCCCUUCUUACCGGUUUGUCCACUUUGGAAAGAUCUAAGGAAAAUAUGCAAUGAACAAUUAUUCUCCACUAAGGUCCUUGAUCUAAGUCAAGGUCAUAGGCGUAAGAAGCUUCUAGACCUUCUCGGCGACAUGCAAAAAUACGGCCAAACCCGCGAAGCUGUUGAUGUUGGGCAUGCGGCUUUUAGGGCGUGCAUAAAUUUCUUGUCUAAUACUUUUGUCUCCGAGGAUUUCGUUGAAUCAGUGGAGAAUGGUGAGUACAAGGAUAUUGUGUCCACUCUUUUAAAAUUAACCGGGGCUACAAAUGUGGUGGAUAUUUUUCCAUUUCUAAAAGUAUUUGAUCCUCAAGGACUCCAAAGGCACACUAUUCAUUAUCUCAACAAGUUCUUUCACAACUUGGACAAGUUAAUUGAGAAAAGAUUGAAGUUAAGAGAAGAGGGAUAUUAUGUUACAAACAAUGACAUGUUGGACGCACUUCUUGAUAUUUCUCAACAGGAUAGCCAGAGGAUGGACCGGAAAAAGAUCAAACACUUUUUACUUGAUCUACUUGUAGCGGGAACAGAUACAACAGCAUAUGGAUUAGAGAGAGCAAUGACUGAAGUACUCCACAAUCUAGAGGUUAUGUCCAAAGCCAAACAAGAAUUGGAACAAAACAUUGGAAGAGGUAACCCUAUUGAUGAGUCCGAUGUUGCCAAACUGCCAUACUUACAAGCAAUCGUAAAAGAGAGUUUACGAUUACACCCUCCAGCUCCACUCUUGCUCCCAAGAAAAGCUAAGGUAGAUGUGGAAAUCUCAGGUUAUAGGAUCCCAAAGGAUGCAAGGGUCCUAAUUAAUGAAUGGGCUAUUGGUAGGAACCCUAAUGUGUGGGACAAUGCCAAUUCGUUCUUGCCAGAGAGAUUCUUGGGAUCUAAAAUUGAUGUUAAAGGAAGAGAUUUUCAGCUGACACCAUUUGGAAGUGGAAGAAGAAUUUGUCCUGGCUCACCAUUGGCUAUGAGAAUGAUUCAUGUCAUGUUGGGAUCACUACUAAACUCUUUUGACUGGAAACUUCAGAGUAUGGAUAAGAAUCAACCCCUCCAAGCUAUUCCUCUUCCUAUUAUAAUAAUAAACAAUUAAUUAAGGGGUGUAUUGUGAGUUAGAAUUUGGUUUAUAUUGAAUUAAAGCAUGCCCUAAAGCAAAACACAAGAAAGACUAGUUUACUAGAUUCUUUAUGUUUAAAAGUAGAUUACAUAGAUGUAAUGUUAUUAGGAGUUAUGUUAAAUAGAAGGUGAUUCCUUUGGUACGAUAAUAAAUUUAUACGUAUUGAUAUGAUAAA